AUGGCGUUCGAGUCGCGUGAGCUGCGCGUGUUGUCGCGCUUGCGCUCCCUGUGUGGCUCUGACGUCCACAUCGUCUAUCGCAGCCUCGCACCUCGCCUGGAAGCCCUGCACCGCGCUCUCUACGGGCCCAACGAUGGCGACGAGUCCGCGUCAGACGACGAAAUGGACUUGUUGGCGGUCCUCAGCCGCCGCAGACACCAGGAGACGGCGCUCAAGGCGCUCCUGCACCAACUGCAAGAACUAAUUGGGGAAUCAGACGAAAUAGAGACGAUAGAGGAAGAUUGCAGUGAAGUUUUGCUGCAGGGUGAGGUGCGGGGCGUGCUGCCGCUGCUGCUGCAGGCUCCGAGGAAGAGCAGGGAGGUGCACUGGAUGCACCUGCAGAUAGACGCGUUGAUAGAGGGGGGAGAAGGAGGAGACGCAGAGGAGGAGAAGCAA